CGCGAGCUCAGCAAGUGGAAACUUAGGUGUGUGACUGUGUGCUUCGCCUUUCGGGAUGGGUUCCUGCGGUGGUGGUGUAUAAAAGCAGUCGUCAAGCACAAGGAUCCUCCCUCUCUCCUCUGUGCCAAGCAACGAACGACCCAUUCUGAGGGAGAUGGCCGUCCCUGUCCUUCUCGCCUCCGCCUCCGCCUCCUCCCUUUUGCUCCUCCAGCUCCUCUUGCUUCCCUUCCCCGUGUCCGCCUGCGACCGCUGCGUGCACCACUCCAAGGCUGCCUACUACACCUCCUCGCUCACCCUCACCGGCGGUUCUUGCGGGUAUGGCACCGCGGCUGCGUCCUUCAGCGGCGGCUUCCUCGCCGCGGCGAGCCCCGCCCUGUACAGGGGCGGCGUCGGCUGCGGAGCCUGCUUCCAGGUCCGGUGCAAGGACAAGAAGCUGUGCGCUGCGGCGGGCGCCAGGGUGGUCGUCACGGACCGCGCCAGGACGAACCGCACCGACCUCGUGCUGAGUAGCCCGGCGUUCGCGGCCAUGGCGCGGCCCGGCCUGGCCGCGGAGCUCACCAAGCUCGUCACCGUCGACGUCGAGUACAAGAGGGUGCCGUGCGAGUACAAGCACAGGAACCUCUCGGUGAGGGUGGAGGAGAAGAGCCGCGCCCCGAACGAGCUGGCAAUUAGGUUCCUGUACCAGGGCGGCCAAACCGACAUCGUGGCCGUCGACGUCGCACAGGUUGGGUCAUCGAACUGGAAGUUCAUGACACGUGACUACGGCCCGGCGUGGAGCACGAGCCAGGCGCCGCCGGGGCCGCUGCAGCUCAGGGUGGUCGUGACGGGCGGGUACGAUGGCAAAUGGGUCUGGACCGACCACGAGGUCCUUCCGCGCCGUUGGCGCGCCGGCGAGGUCUACGACACGGGCGUCCAGAUCACGGACAUAGCUCAGGAGGGCUGCUUCCCCUGCGACACGCACGAGUGGGAGUGAGAGCACUGAGCCACAGGUUGGGUCAUCGAACUGGAAGCUGAAGCAAGCCGAGCUGAAGCUGAAGCUCCCCGGCCCCGAACAGCCUUCUCCCUAUCACUGCCGUUUUGGCUGGGCUUUGAUCAGAGGACUAGAGAUCGAUUGACCGACUGACAGAGUGACAAGGGAGUCCCGAGUCCCUCGGCAACUUUUGCGUCUUCUCUCUUUUUUUUUCCUUUUCCAAGUUUGUGUACAUUAGCUGCUGAUGGGUACGAUAAGUAGCGUCCCGGAGGCUAAAAAGAAAGAAUAAUCAAACGAGUGGAUUGACGGCGGCGCCCAUGGGCCAUGGCCGAUUUCAA